AUGGACUGAAGCUUAAUCGCUUUACUUUUAGCACAAAUCUUAUCUUGCUCAGUUUAUUCUAUUAUUGCACCUUUUUUCCCAUCAGAAGCGCACAAAAAGAAUAUAGGAAGUGGCUUAGUAGGAGUUAUCUUCAGUGGGUAUCCGAUUGCAGCAAGCUUAUCGUCUUUAUUUUUUGCAAAAUUCAUAUCAAAAAUAGGAAGGAAAAGGCUUUUAUUAUUAGGCUGUCUAUGUGAAGGCUUUUCUAUGCUUGGUUUUGGAACUGCUCCUUUUUUUCCAAGAAAUUCAUUUAUUGUCAUCACACUUAUAUCAAGGUUUUGCCAGGGGCUUGGUGCUGGCGCUAUCAGCACGGCAACUUUUGCUAUUAUCGCUUGCGUAUAUAGUGAGAAAAUUGAACUUGUUUUAGGAUUUGUACAAUCUGUAACUGGGGUUGGGUUUUUGAUGGGCCCUCUCGUAGGGUCCGGGCUUUAUGCGCUUGAAGGUUUCUCUUUUCUGUUUUUUACUUAUGGGACAAUUUUUUUAAUUUUUGUGCCAAUUAUGCAUUUUAUGCUUCCAAGAGACACGAAAUAUGCAAAAACAAAAGAUGAUAUAGAAUUAAAGAAUUUUUUUAGGAUUCCUACAGUAGUUUUUGAUGGAAUUUUGCAGAUUUUGUCGAUAACCUCUUUUAGCUUUUUAAAUCCUACUUUUUCGGACCAUUUAGCCACUUAUGGGAUCAGCACAGCUGAGUCAGGAAUUAUGUUUACAAUUCCUUCAGUAAUGUAUGCACUGUCAGUUUUUAUAUUGAAUUAUAUACAUUUAUACUAUGGCGAGUUGAUCUAGCCAUAUAUUGAUAUUUUGGUGGCCUUUUAUAAAUUUUUAAAAAAAAAAAAAACUAAUUUAAUAUAAGACAAUAUAGGCAGAAAAUCUAUUAUGAUUAUUGGACUAGCAAUUGUAGGCAUAGCUGAUUUUCAUCUAGGGCCAUGAAAAUAUGCGCUUUUGCCUCACAAAUUGUGGGUUGUUAUUGUGUCUUUAGCAGUUUUUGGGUUUGGGAUGGGACUUUGCCAACUUCCAGCACUGCCUGAUAUGGUUGAAGACUCUAAAAAGGUUCUAAAUCAAUAUACAGAAUUUCAAGUAUCAGACUCUCUUUCAGGAAUUUUGGCAUCUGCAUUUUAUCUAGGGGAAAUGAUUGGCCCACCUCUAGCAGGGAUUUUAGUUAGUUAUACGCAUUCGUCCUGACAGCAGCUCUGCAUGUCUUGUCCUCAGCGGGACUCGAAAGACGCUCUCCUCGCCGCCUAGGCAAGGGAUUCGAAAGACGCUCUUUUCGCCGCCUAGGAAAAGGGAUUCGCUAACACCGUCUUGGCUUCCAUGACUCGUGGAGCCUAAGAACAAAAAGCUUUAAAUUAUCCCUACACUAAAUUUAGGAUUGAUUUGAAUUGCUGGGCAAGCUGCUCUCAAAUCUACCUCUAAUUCUGGAUUGCUCUGUCUGCUUAUUUGAGAAUUAAGCAAGCUGGACUCGCUUUCUAGAUUUUUUUAUUGGCUCGCUUACGUUUUUGGCUCCAAAGCUCCUGGCUCCAAAGAACCUGGGGUCCACAAAUCCCCACAGCUCCCCGGAUUAGCGGCUCCAAACACCAGAAUCAGCAUUUUUUCUCCCUUUUUCAGGGUGGAGCCUAAGGGCCCAUCACCUAGGUCGAAACACUCAGCUUCUCCUUAAAUAGAUAUCAUCUCCUUGAGCCCUAUUUGAGGGGAAAAGCAUCUCCUCGGGGCUGCUGCGGUCCAAUCCUUUCCAAUGAUGAUCUCGAAGAAAAACCCAAGUCCUAGGGAUCAGCUCCUAGUGACUCUAAUAGACUCAAUCCGACAUAAAUAAAGGAUUGCCGACCCUUUUUACUUAAAUACAUAAAACUGGGCCGUUGCCUGCUGCUGUUGAAGAAAUAAGGUCAAGAGGUCGUCACAAUUUUUAUGUAUAUUAGCAGGAAUUUUAACUGAUGAAAUUGGCUUUGCGAAUUCUGAAGCUGCAAUAGGUAUGACUCUAUUAAUUUAUGCUAUAGUUUACAUCACGUUUUGCUAUUUGCAUCAAAAGAAAAAUAAAUACAAAGCAAAUAGUUUGCUAAUUGAGAAAGAUAUAGAAUUAGAAAUAAAAAUUGAUAAAUAA